UUUAUCAAGUUUGUUAUCUAUGAUCAUACAAUUUUUUUAUUUCAAUUUUAAACUUUUUAAGAUUAUAUUAUUGGAUUGUUGAACUUAAUUGACGUUUCAGACAAGAAUGUCAAGGUGGGAUCUACCUUGCUAUUAAUACAGAGGCACAGAACAAUUACUGAGGUGAAAGGUCUAUGAUAUUAGCACAAAAUACAAUCAACAGAAUAGAUUCAACUAUUAAUCUAUUCUGUGAUGUAACAAUGAAUUAUUAAAAUAUACAAAUACACCAACUCCAUCAAAUAUAAAUUAUAUACUUGAUAAUAGUAUUUCUACUAAAUUUUGUACUAGUAGUACUACUAGUUACUGACCAUUACAACCACAACUACAACCUCAGAUUAAUUAUUCAGAUUUUUUUAUUCUGUGCUUCAAUUAGUGAACUAGGUAUCUUCAGUCAACAGUAGUACUAUUAUACUAUUAUCCACUUCUGAAUUUAUAAAUACUUAACACUUUAUUAGAUUUAAUAUAAGAUUAUAACAAACAAUAUUUUGGUUCGUCUAAAGACUUUAACUCAGUCAUUCCAUCAACGAUCAACCUUUUUUGUGGAGUGCAUUUAUUACUACUGCUUAUUGAAACAGUACAAUGGAACAUCAAUUCGAUCAAAAUAUUUCUGAGUAUAAAUAUUCUGUAUCAGAUUUAAUGUUAACGAAACAACAACGUGAUUUUUAUGAAAUAAAUGGAUAUUUAGUAGUUCCUAAACUAAUACCUGAUUAUUUGUUAGAUAGAUGCUGCAACCGAUUUAUAGAAUUAUGUCAUGAAAAAGUUCCACAAAAUCAAAAUAUAACUAUGAUGAAAGACAUAUCUCGCAUGAAAACAGGAGAUCAAGGAGAGUAUUUAUAUGGUAAAGCACAGGAUAUUCUUUGGGACGACGAAUUUUAUGAAUAUGCUAGAUACCCAAAGAUGGUGGACUAUGUAGAAAGUUUUAUUGGACCAAAUGUCAUGGGUAUGCAUUCAAUGUUUAUCAACAAACAACCAGAUAUUGGUACGAAUAGUUCUCGCCAUCCAGUUCAUCAAGAUCUUCAUUAUUUCCCAUUUCGUCCUGCUAACUUGAUUGUAGCGGCAUGGACAGCUUGUGUUCCAAUUACAGUGAACAAUGGGUGUCUAUAUGUGUUACCAGGAACUCAUACUGGUGAUUUGUAUCCACAUACUUAUCCAGAACCUAAAGAUGGUGAAAUAAAUAAAUUGUACCAUGAAUUAAAAACUAACAAUAAUAAUGAUGAUCCAAAAAAGGUGUUUUUGGAAAUGGAAAAAGGGGAUACAGUUUUUUUCCACCCUUUGUUGAUUCAUGGAUCAGGAAUAAAUAAAACACAAGGAUUUCGUAAAGCCAUUUCUGUUCAUUAUGCUUCAUCCAACUGUAAUUAUAUAGAUGUAUCUGGUACAACUCAAGAUAACAUAAAAAAUGAAGUAAUUGAUAUAAUGGCUAAAAAAGGAAUAAUAGAUGUUGAUUACACAUUUAUCUGGAAACAUCAUAGUCGACUUAUUCGUGGAGUCAGAGCAAAUUUGUAAUAGUAAAAUAAAUUCUAUUAUAAUAUUGAAAAAUUCAAAUAUGGUUGUGGAUUUUGUAUUAUGUUUAAACUUAAACUUAUAUAAACUAACUUUUAAUAUAAGUAUGAUAAUUAUUAAUGGUAUAUUGGAGCAUAUACAGGGGUAUACAUAGUAUAGGUAUCAUAAAAAAAUGUGGACUCAUGAAAAAAAUACAAACUUUUUAAGUUUAUGAUGAAUGAUGUUCUAUGGGUAUAUUAUUUUAUAAUCUAUUUAAAAUUUUAUAAUUUAAUCUGUAUAAAUUUAGUUGUUGAUUGUUGUUUUUUACUAUUCUAGUAUUGUUUGAAACUUAACAAGUAAGCAAAAAAUGUAUGCUUUUUAAGUAAUUUUCCAGCUCAGUAUAAAAAUAUUUUUUAAGAAACAUUUUAGGAAAAUAUGGUCUACAGUGUCUACACUCAAAAUAUUAUAUUUAUCAAAAUUUCCUUGGUUAUAAUAAUUAUAAUUAUUGUAUAAACUUAUGAAGUUAUAACACUUAUUGUUUAAAUUAUAUAAUACCUAUUACUUUUGAUAUUUUGAUGUAACAGUUAGGCACUUUUUUUAAAAAUAAUUUGCAUUCAAUUUUUAUAUUUCUAUGAUACUUUUGCAAAUGUUACCUAAAGUGUUGUUUCUUUUUAAUCUAUAUUAUUUAUCAUUAUAUAUUUGUAUACAUCAAAAACAUGCACAGUAUACUUACUUUUGACUGGGCUAGGCUUAAUAAUGGAAAAUUGUACCGACUAAAUAAAAAAAAAAACACUUUUUUAAAA